CGCGCCGGGAUCGCGAUGAGCUGGCAUUUUAACACCGGAAGCAGGACGUGUUCAAAAUCAGGAAGGCUAAGCUAACACGCUAACUUAAAGAGUUCAAAGCUCAACAAGCGGCGUGGACUUUGAUGUUCUCUGAGUUUGUGCUCGUGGAAUAAUCACAGCAGGAAUCAGGAUGAGUCUGCAGUGGACGGCGGUCGCCACCUUCCUGUACGUUGAGGUCUUCUUCGUUCUGCUGCUCUGCAUCCCCUUCAUCUCACCUAAGAGGUGGAAUAAAAUCUUUAAGUCUCGUCUCAUUCAGACCAUCGCUCUCUAUGGAAACACCUCGUUCAUGGUGGCCAUCGCCAUCCUCGUCUUCCUGCUCAUCGAUGCUUUCCGUGAGGUGAGGAAGUACAGCGUGACAGAGAAAGUCGACCUCACCAACAACCCGACCGCCAUCGAACACAUCCACAUGAAGCUGUUCAGAGCUCAGAGGAACGAGUACAUCGCCGGCUUCGCCCUGCUGCUCUGCCUGUUACUGCGUCGUCUGGCAACUCUGCUCUCCCAGCAGGCCACACUCAUGGCGUCAAACGAAGCCUUCAAGAAGCAGGCGGAGGGCGCCAGCAACGCCGCCAAGAAGUACAUGGAGGACAACGAGCUGCUGCAGGAGAAACUGCGCGACGCCGGCGUGGAGGUUCCCGAGGGCGGGAAGAAAGGAGCAGGACCUCAGGAGGAGAACAAGAACCUGAAAGAGGAGGUGAAGACGCUGAAGGAGGAGCUGACCACAACCAAGAAAGCUCUGCAGAAGUCUGACAGCGACGUGCGCGCGAUGAAGUCACAGGCGGAGAAUCUGACGGUGGAGUACGACAGACUGCUGGACGAGCACAGCAAACUGCUGGCGAGCAGCGACAAGAAAUCUGACUGAGAAGAACGAAGACGGUUUCCAGCUUCUCUCAUCGUCCUCAUCGUCGUCAGCAAAACUCUCUCCAGAAUCCACGCCACCGUCCUGCUCAGAGAUGCGAUGUCACUUCCUGUCCUAUGAUUACAUCACUGGGCUGUGAUUGGUUCUUUUCAUGUUUUCAUCAGACUCAUCGGAGCUUCAGCAGGAGAGGAAAAAAAGAUCGUCAGCUGUCCGUCAAACAUCUGUGUGACUGUGGGAGUUUGCUUCAAACUUUUCUGAUUGUUUGUUUGUUUUUUUCUGGGAAACAUUUUUCAGUUUUUGUUGGUGUUUCUGAUCAUUCCCCGUUUCCUGCUGCUGGAGAGACAACACUUCCUGAACUCUUUCCUGCAGGAACAAAACGAGUUCAUUCCAAAAUCAAGUUCCAAAGACUCCUUUUGAACUCCUGAAUUAAAAAGAAAUCAUGAAAACGUUUCACAUCAUGGAUCAAGUCUCCAAACUAAAGAAGCCCUAAAGACACUUUGUUUCCACUUUGUUUUCCCGUGAUAACGACAACGUUUCAACUGUUUUCUUAAGAUCGUUAUCAUCACAACGUAUCGACUUCUGCUUCACGAGAUAAAUCUGGCGAGAAAACAACCGAAAUCUGUACGUCAUCACGGAAAACUGAGAAGAAACGGUGUGUGGGACAAAAUCUGGUUAUUAAAACAGAAACUAAAAAAUGUAAAUGUUGCACAUCAUGGAUUCAAAUCAGGGUUAAAAAAUCUCCAAACUACAGAAGCCCCAAGCGCACACAUGCAUUUUCUCGAGAUCGCUAUCAUAACAGGAACUCCAGUUCUGUUCCCCGAGAUCUAUCUGUCAAGAAAACGAUGAAAUCUACACGUUAUCACGGGAAAACGUGUGAAUGUGCGUCCGCUAGGGGUGGGACUCAACAUCGAUACAGAUGAUAUAUCGUCUUCUUGACUCGUUUGAUACAUCCAUCCAUUCACUCGUUGUUAGAAUCAGAACAAAAUAAUGGAAAGAGAGUGACUUGAGGGGCCAAAUAAUACGAAGAAGCCAAUUGUCGGGAAAAUGUGAGAAAGAAAUCGAAACAUUCAUUCUGCUGGGUAACUUUUCAAGGCUCAUAUUUUUUAGUUCAUCAGAUAUCGUGAUGCAUUCAUCAUCGUCUGUUUAUUAUAGAAUCACAGUAUCGUGAUAUUGUUACCCUGAGACACCACGUACAGCGCAUUGUGACCCUGAGAUUCCCGCCCCUAAUCUCCGCUCCGGGCUUCCGUACCAAAACAACUUUUAUUUCUGAGAACUCGGAGUGAAACUUUUUUUUUUGACGUCCUCAUUCCUGCUUUAGCGACGGUUAGCAUCGAGUUGAUUUGUAACGUAAAUAUCAGCAAUCUUCUUUCUGCUGUGUGCUGAUAUCUGCUUCACGUCUUCAGAUAGUUUUGUUUCUUGUGAGGUAGGGGGGUCAAUGAGCUCGCUGUUUUCUGGCCUUUCAGACUCUGAUUUUCUUUUAUCUGCUGGAGAAAAAAAAACAGAGAGCAUCGAUGUGUCCUCGACUUUAAAUCAGAUUUCUGCAGAAUUAGGAUGAGAUGUGAAACAUGACACAUUUUGUUUUCUAGAGACUCAAUAUCUGGGCCUCAGUUCUUCAACUAGAGUGUGACACAAACACUGUUUCCUGUCUUGAGUGUGUGAAGGUGCAUGCAGCAGUGAAGGAAUAAAACAUGUUUGAUGAGCA